UGGUAAAUGGAUAUUUGCAAAAUAUCUCGAUAGUCCGUUACCAUUUUGCCUAUUUAAGAAGACGAACUGGAGAUACAUCUUCACACCACAAAUCUUUGCAAAACAAAGAAGAAUCAGAAAACAUGAGAUCCUUGUUUGCUUUCGUUGCUCUUUUGCUGCUUUUCUUGGUUCUGGGCUCCGCCAAUGCUGCAAGAACUGAACCUGGAGGGUACUGGAAGGCUGUAAUGAAGGACCAGCCCAUGCCCGACACAAUUCGUGCCCGCAUCGUUUCCUCAAAAUCAAAUGAUCACUUGCAAGUCUCUACCGAGAACUCUGAUUGCGAUCAGAAAGCUGAAAAAAAUGGUGUGGAUCUUUCCGGCAGAGAUUUUGAUUUUGAUACCAAGAUAAAACCCUCCCAACUGUUAGUUUGGAGAGAGCAUGAGAAAGUUGACAAACCUGGUAUGGACCUUUCCAGCAAAGAUUUUGAUUUUGACACUGAGAUAAAACCUUCCCAACUGUUAGUUUGGAGAGAACAUAAGAAGGUUGACAAGCCUAGUUUAGAUCUUUCCGGUAAAGAUUUCGAUUUUGAUGCCGAGAUAAAACCCUCCCAACUGUUAGUUUGGAGAGAACAUAUGAAGGUCGACAAGUCUAGUUUAGAUCUUUCCGGUAAAGAUUUCGAUUUUGAUGCCGAGAUAAAACCCUCCCAACUGUUAGUUUGGAGAGAACAUAAGAAGGUUGACAAGCCUAGUUUAGAUCUUUCCGGUAAAGAUUUCGAUUUUGAUGCCGAGAUAAAACCCUCCCAACUGUUAGUUUGGAGAGAACAUAAGAAGGUUGACAAGCCUAGUUUAGAUCUUUCCGGUAAAGAUUUCGAUUUUGAUGCCGAGAUAAAACCCUCCCAACUGUUAGUUUGGAGAGAGCAUGAGGACGUGAAAGCCAAAGAAAACAUAUGAUGGGUACUUGGUUCCAUUAUCAUAUGCAGCUGCAGCCAACGUUAGCGAAACAAUCUAUUAAUUAGCGAAGUUGUUGUUUAAUUUAUGCCUGUUUCAAUGUAUUCAAAUAAAUUUGUUUCGCUUGGCUGCUUGCUUAAUUAAUUUCACCUAUUAUCAGUGUGUCAUUACUGUUAUAAAUUAAGUGCUUGAAAUAAUAAAUUAAGCCUAAGUAGAAA